AUGGUGAAGUAUACAAGAGAAUGCUUAUUAAAAAAUCCUAUGAUAGUUCAUAUAUCUGACUGUGGUCUACAAGCAACUUAUAGACCAAUUUACAAAGCUUAUAUUAACCAAGUGUUUACUCAUACUACUCAUGGUAGUGCACCUAGAAGAGAGGUUAUUGCUCAAGAACUUUUUCUUGAAAAAUUUUCGUCAAACAAAGCUAUAAAAUAUAAACAACUUUCUGAAAAUGAAUUACAAUUAUUGGAUAGUGAGAUAAUUUGUCAAUCGAAGUGGAAAAUUGAAGAAGUUCAAGAUGAUCAAGUUUUUAAACUUCGAAGCAAUCCAAUUGCUAAAUAUAUUUACAAUCAAGAAGUUGGCGAUCUUUUAUAUUUAGCGAAUAAUAACAAUAUGAACAAUGAAAACUCUUUUUGGAUAAAAUUUGCAGAAAUGGUCAAAAACAGUAGUUUUAGUAAUAGAAAAGUGUUUAAAGGCUUAUGUAAUAUAAUGGUUCAAAUCGAAGAUCAAGAACAAUGUAAUAAGGGGCUUCAAAAUCUUAAGUAUUCAGAUCAGUUCUCUGAUUUUAUAGUUAUACUUGCAAGCCUUAGUCCACAAGCAUAUAAUGUUUUCCGGCAAAAUUUAGCUAGACAUGCUAUUCAAAAUAUUAGAUUACAUCAUGCAUGCUCACCUUAUGCUCUUCAUGAUUCUGAGCUAUGUUUUGAAAAUAUAGCACGAGUUAAAAGACUUGUAGACACAAUCGAAUAUGCUAGUCCAAUUAUUGCAGUGUCCGACAAUACUAAAAUUAAGAAAAGACUUGGAUAUUCUUCUAUUUUUAGUUGUAUUGUUGGUUCAGUACUUUCAACAGAAUCAACGAAGGUUUCUAUAUAUGAAGAUGUAUACCAAAUCGUAGAUAUUAUCAAAUCUCAUAAUACUAUUGCUUCCCAAAUUCCCCUUCCAAAAUUUCCACCGCGUAUAAUUGCAAUGAUUGCAAACCAAGGAAAGAAAAUGACAAUAAAUAUUUUUCAGCUUCACAAAAAAUUACUUGAUAUGGCAGCUCAACUCCAACUAAAAAUCCUUGGAUUUAGUGCUGAUGGAGCCUCAGCCGAGUUCAAUGUUCAAAACCAGCUUAUGCAAAUAGAUACACCGGAAAGAUUAAUUUUUAAAGAUAGGCUUUAUAAUGAUGACAAAGUUGAAAUAGAAAAUAAAAAUGAGAUCGAAAGUCAACCUGCUGAACUUCAAAAUGAUAAUAGUUUACAAAUAGCUGAAGGUGUUAUAUCAAUAGCGGCCGCAGAAGUUAAUACUUGA